AUGCAAGAGAACACAGCUGAGCCGCCGGCAUCACUCUCUCAGCUCUUAAGGGAGAGCUACCUGGCCGAGGCCCGAGCCCAGCAGCUUCGCGGCGAGAUGAGCCGCUCCGACGCCUCAUCGUCACGCAUUCAUAUUUUUGGCUCCCUUAAAGGAAAGGCUGAGGACUCAGCAGGUCUCCAUGAAAGCCAACUGCCAGACUUAUCAGCGUUCCUCAGCCAGGAAGAGCUGGAUAAGAGCGUUAACUUGGCCCGCCAGGCCAUCGUACACGAUGGGCGCGAGGAGAGGGCCGAGCUCAAAGCCGUUGUCACUCCAUCUGCCACGGCUUCCAUUUCUUCGUCUGUUCACCUGGCAAAGCCCUCUGCUGUUCUGGACAUGCCCCCCAUUAUGCCAGUUGAACCGCCAGCAGCACAACCAAACUUCACACCCGACAGAAAGCCAAAAAUCAACUCUGUCCGGCAAGACGACAUGAUGAGGAACAAUAGUGAAGGUCUAAACCACUUGAACAAGUCGCCAAUGAACUCCCCGUUUGGUGCGGAGACCCAGUCCAAGAAGGAGUUCCUCAACAAGGCAGCCGACUUCAUCGAGGAGCUCUCCUCUCUCUUCAAGGCGAACACCUCCAAACGGAUACGACCGAGAGCGUGCAAAGCCCAUCGGAAUCGGAACCAGAACAAGAACCACAACGACGGAAAACUUUAUCUAGAUGGCUCAGACAACAGGGAGCGCUCGGCCACGUCUACAGAGGUGGCGGACGACGAACCGGGUUCGGCCGUCAACCACCAGCCCGACAUCCGUCUGGACUCUGGGAUUGGUCAUGUGGAGUUAGAGGAUGGUAGGAUUACUGAGGAGCAGUGUGACUCUGAAGAGGUGGAGGCGGCAGAAAGCUACAUCCUGACACAACCUCCAUCAUCUGCAGAGGAGACAGUCUGUGAGCCUCCUCAUUUUAUCCAAAAACUGAAAAGCAGAGAAGUUCCCGAGGGAAGCAAAGUCCAGUUAGACUGCAUUGUCAGAGGACACCCUGUACCUGAAGUCCGGUGGUUCUGUGAGGGCAAAGAGUUGGAGAACAGCCCUGACAUUCAGAUCCUCACCAAUAGCGAGCUGCAUUCGUUGAUCAUCACAGAAGCUUUUGAGGAGGACACUGGACGUUACUCCUGCUUCGCAUCCAAUUUCUACGGAACUGACUCGACCUCGGCCGAGAUCUACAUCGAAGGUGCAUCCUCUUCAGACUCUGAGGGGGAACUGCACUUUGAGCAUGUAGCCCACCUGCAGGCAAAACAGCCAAAGUCUGCCCCGCUCUCAAGCCAACUCGCCACAGACGUAAAAGAGCCUUCAGUAAAUCAAACAACAGGGGAGCCACCAGAGGAGCUCAACACUCUUGUGAGCCAUAAAAUCUCAAGUCCAAUUCCAGUCCAGACGACAACCACUUCACCUCCAAGUCCAGAGCCCUCUAAAUCUUUGGGAGCAUCAACACCUGACUCUGAGGGGACUGAAACGAUCCUCCUACCUGUGCAAACGCUUCUGACGUCUCCGCCGGCAGAGGCUCAUCUGGUGUCAGUGGCUGCUUCGCUCACACCAACAUCUCAGCUUUUCACCUCUGUGCCACCGCUCCCCAACGCAGCUCCAACAUCCCAACCUGAGAAUCAAUCAUCUAGCUUCAACCUCCCACAAGGCUUCAACGGGCAAGCCAUUAUGGCUGCCCCCGUUUUUACAAAGGGUCUGCACGACCUGGAGGCCUCAGAAGGGCAGCUGGUGGUGCUAGAGUGUCGUGUGAAAGGGGUGCCGUCCCCUCGAGUGGACUGGUACAAAGAGGGAAAAAUCAUAGAAGACUCGCCUGACUUUAGGAUUCUGCAAAAAAAACCUCGAUCUCCAGCUGAAUCAGAGGAAAUAUGUACGCUGGUCAUUGCUGAGGUCUUUCCUGAAGAUUCUGGGAUGUUUAGUUGCACUGCAAGCAACACUUACGGAAUAACAUCCAGUAGCGCGGCACUUAAUGUCAAAGGUAAUAGGGGAAACAAGCAUACAUUUAGGCCUUUUUACACUUUAACUGUGGAGCCCAGCCGAGUCCAAGACCCUUCCAUAUCAGAUCUCGCCAUCCCUCCUGUAAAACCCCACACAGAGAUUCCUCUGACCAGUAGCAUCAAACCUCACUCCAGCACCAUCCGCCUCGAUCCUUUGCUCAAUAGCACCUUACGUUUGGACCUUUUAAACACCAGCACCUUUCAUCUGCACCCUAACAGCUCCAGCAUGCUCUGUCCAGACUCCUUACGUACCAGCCUUCACGGGUUUGACCCCGGCAGCAUGUCCAGUAGCCCAAAUCUCAAUCCCCGGGGUCUGAGCACCCCCAAUUUACUCCCGCUGACCCUUCACCAGGAACCUACAGAGGACACAGGACAGCUGGCUCCACAUCCAAAAUCCUUCGCUGCUCCAGCUGUAGCUGAGCAGGAAGUUUCUGGACAGGUGUUGACUCCACCGGAUAUUAGCGCCAAUCAUCAGGCAGCCUCUCACCACCAGAAUGAGACAUCGGUUUUGCUGCCCCUCCCCAGCCCACCUCCUAACUCCUGUCUAAAGUCUGGUGUCCUAACAAACCACAAAGACUCACGCUCCGGCUCCAGAGUCGGUCUUCGAGUACAUUUCAAACUGCCUGAGAAGGAGGACGGUGAGCAAAUUUACACAUCUGCACCACCUGACGAAGAUACUUCUGAAACACUGGUCAACAGAGGACCACCACCAGUGCUGGCAAAACCCAAACUGGACCCAGCACAGCUCCAGCUCCUUCACAACCAAGUUCUUAUGGAGCAGCAGCAGGAGAGUGAACCCCCUGCACAGACCCACAACCAGCUUUCAUUCCAUGUUAAGCCAGAGGCCACAAACCCUCGUGAACGUUCAGUCUGGUCCCUCAGAGCAAACCGUGAUUCCGAGUCAGCCUACCUGAACAACACCUCGCAGAUGACACCCAAAUCUGCAUCUACCCACACUGCGAUGCCUCCUGCACCUUUACCGAGUUCUGCUCCUGCAAUCAACACUGCUCCACCUCCUCAAAUAUUCUUUCCAUCCACCGCUCAGGUUAAGACCUCCUCCCUGAUGACGGUCCCUCCACCUACGCCACAGCUAAAUACAGCUCUGCCUCUCAGCGUAGCACCUUCGACCCAGAUGAACACCAUCCAUGCCUCACACCUCAGCCUAUCAGCAGCGGUUCUUGCCAGAACUGCACCUACCCCGCAGUUUUCAUCUCAGCCAGUGAUAGAUUUCAGUUCAAGCUCAACAGAUUCAAUCGCAGCCUCACAUCACGUCACGUCUCCAGCUGCUUUGCUGAGAAGCACCCACGCCUCCCUCAUGAAUCUGACCGCGACCUCACAGGCUUUCAACUACACUCGGCCUAAAGAGUUCCUCACAGCCCAAACUAUGUCACCCGUCCGGAGUCCCUCCCCAACAGAAUCCCCAGUUCCGCUUCUCCAGGAACUAGCAGCUGAGCUCAACUUCUCGGCCACCAGCUCGCCAACGCUCCCGCCGUUCUCACCACCGACCAGGACCUUCCCCACAAGAGUGCUUCAGUCGCCUACUAGCCCGCCUUCGCUCAUAUCCUCCCCCACGCCGGGUUCAGCACCAGCCUUCAACAAUGCGUUCGCCAUCAGAGCACAGUCACCUCCCCAGGCUUCCUCUCCCACCUCCAGCAGCUCCACGCCGAGCCCCAUCCAAAACCCAGUAGCUUUCCUGAGCGCCAUCCUGCCUUCCUUGACCCCAUCUCAGCCGACUAACUCCAUGGGCCUUCCCAGAGGAGCACCUUUCGGGUUGCAUAAGAAGGCCCCAAAGACACGCCUCCAAUCAAAUGAAAACAUUCGCGAGAGCAAAGAUGCUCUCCUUCGUGACAUUGAGAAAAAACUGCAAUUUAACGAUGAUCUUCCCAUUUUCGCCCAUCAACAGAAGCGGAGUAUUGAGGGGAAAACAGCGAGCAGAGCCCAUGUCGGACCAAACAUUCCAGCUACUGUCAUUAACUAUGAUGAGGAGUACAAAAUUUCCAACUUUGAGCAAAGGUUAAUGAGUGAGAUCGAGUUUCGCUUGGAGCGAACGCCGGUGGAGGAGUCAGACGAUGACGUGCAACACGAUGACAUCCCCUCGGGCAAAUGCAUCGCGCCCAUUUUUGAUAGGAAACUCAAGAACUUCAAGGCCGUGGAGGGCGUCCCUGUGACGUUCUCCUGUAAAGUUGUCGGCAUCCCCGUUCCGAAGGUGUACUGGUUUAAAGAUGGGAAGCAGAUCUUGAAGAAAAACGUCCAUUAUAAGAAGAUAAGAGAGGGUGAUGGGACAUGUGCUUUACACAUAGAAUCUACAACUGCUGAUGAUGACGGAAACUACACCAUCAUGGCAGCAAACCCACAGGGACGAAUGAGCUGUUCGGGUCAUUUGAUAGUCCAAACAGGACCACCCAGAAAUCGACUUGCCCCAAUUAGCUCUCAGAGGGUACGAACUCGUGUACAGGAAGUUGAGGGAGAGCAAACCCAGGAGGGAUUCUUCCGGCCUCACUUCGUCCAGGCUCCAGGAGACAUGCUGGCACACGAGGGGAGGGUAUGCAGACUAGACUGUAAGGUGAGUGGUCUGCCCAAUCCCGAGCUCAUGUGGUUGGUCAGCGGUCGGCCUGUUUAUCCGGAUCACAACCACAAGAUGCUGGUGCGGGAAAACGGCAUCCACUCUCUGGUCAUUGACCCCCUGACGCAGAAAGACGCUGGCACAUACACCUGCAUUGCCAGCAACAAAGCGGGGCAGAGCUCCUUCAGUCUGGAACUCAAAGUUGUCGAGAAAGAGGUGAAACGUCCUCCCCAGUUUGUGGAGAAGUUGCAGAACAUGGGAAUCCCUGAGGGGAGCCUCGCCAGGAUGGAGUGCCGGGUGGUGGGGGUGCCCCACCCAGUUAUAUUCUGGAAAAAAGACAACGAGACCAUUGCCAAAACCAAAAGCAGAAUGAGCAUGCAACAGGAUGCCACGGGCUACGUGGGCCUCCACAUCCAGCCAACAACUAAAGAGGAUGCUGGCUGGUACACGGUAUCAGCCAAAAACGAGGCCGGGAUUGCGGCUUGUACCUGCAGGCUCGACAUCUACGCGCAGUGGCAUCAGAGCGUGCCGGCACCCAUGAAGAAGACGGCGAGCGCGGGCAGCCGUUACGCGGCCCUCACGGGCCAAGGACUCGACAUCAAAUCGACCUUCCCCACAUCGGAGACGGGCCCCUUCCUGUUCUCCAGCUGCCCUCCCGAGGCCUCGCUGGAGAGCGAGGAGCUGUAAGAAGAAGGCACCUCCCUUGACAGGGACGGAAGAAUGUUGACCUGCGCGCGUCGUCGCAGGAUUCGUGUGACGGGCUUGAAGGGAGACACUCGGAGCAUAGAGUGAUUGUGAAAUGGUUGGGCCACUCGCUAGCACGCUGUCACCAUUCCGGUUGACUUUGGUCAUAUCAUGAGUAUUUCACAUCCAGAAGAAAAAAAAAAAUUGCAAAGUCUUAUUUCAUGAGCCAUUAAUGGAGCUGAAUACAUUAAUCUUUUCUCAAAGUUGGGGCCCUUUAUUUUCCCAUGCAACUACUAAUUUAUGUUCGAAUGAAGCUCAACUAAGUUAUGUGAAGGAAUUUGGAAGUACACUGUACUACAGCUAACACUGGAUCGGAAUCUAUCACCGAACCACCUUUUUGCACCAUGUUUAUGCAGCAUGUUGAGGGCUCGUAGCAUUUGCUCACAGUUAGCAUUUUGUUAGUAGCUGAAACUGUGGAUGCUCGUGGAGCGUCGGAUUGGGACUCCAAAUUGUUUUAUGUUCUAGUGGCAAAAUUGAAGUCAAUGGCGCAGUUUCAACGCUCCCGUUGAUUACCUUUAAUUAGACUUUAAAAACUUUUUAUGUGACUUUGGAAAUAUAUUGAUGGAAGCUCUACUUCCGUAACAUUGCACACUGUAAUAUAGUUUUGUCCUGAGAAUAAAAAUAUUUAUUCACGUGA